UCUCACGAGCGGUGCGAUGCCGGCGCAGCAUGUUUCCCGUGUCCGGAAUUUGUAUAGGCGCCUCUUGCAGCUGCACCGGGCUCUGCCCCCGGACCUCAAAGCCCUGGGCGAUCAGUACGUGAAGGACGAAUUUAGGAGACAUAAGACCGUUGGUUCUGACGAGGCCCAGCGCUUCUUGCAGGAAUGGGAGAUGUAUGCAGCAGUGUUAUGGCAACAAACUGUCAAAAACAGACAAAAUUCAAAUGAAAAGGCAUGUUUUGGCACCUCUCUCUCAGAAGAAAAACUUAAUGACUUUCGUGAUGAACAAAUUGGACAGUUGCAGGAGCUGAUGCAAGAAGCCACUAAACCUAAUAGGCAAUUUAAUAUUACUGAGUCUAGAAAACCAAAAUUUUAGUCUAUAUAAAGUUUAACAAAACAUGUAAAAUUCAGAACCCCUUAUUUUAAGUAUCAUUGGUUUAUAAAAUUUAUUCAGCUUUGAAGUAAUGAGAAUGCCUGGUGUUAAUGAAAUACUCUUAUUUUUGGAUGCAAUGUGUGGCUCAGGAUCACUACUAGACAGUUGGAAAACUACAUUAUUGGAAUAACAGUACUUGCUGGAUGGAAUUUGAUUUUUGGACUAACGAAUGGCUCUGAAAUGGACAAACUUCUGGAAUUUGGUUGAAAAAUUUUUUACAUGUAAAUUCAGUUUAAAUGCUAUUCUUGUUUGUGCUUUGGCCUGUGGCUUUUCUUUAACCUCAUCAGAUAAGUAUGUAGUGAUAAUGAUAGAUGUAGAGUUUCAACGAGGUUAUUUAAAUACAUUGUCUUUCUGAAAGUUUUUAUCAUUUCUACUUCAAUAAUACAUACAUGAUUAUUAUUCUAA